UUAUCUUUUUGCAUUUCUUUACAUAUUAAAGCGGCUUUCUGACCUUUGAACAGUGCUCCAGCCUUAUCCUCCACUCAGGGAUAGGUCACUCAGGCCUCUCUGGCUUUCUACAAACCCACAGGCUACAGCUAAAUUCGACUUUUCUGGUUCUAACACUUUCGAUAAGGAGAACCCAAAUCAUGGUUUCGACUAUCUUCAUGUCUUUACCUCAAUCUUCAUUGUACUGUGUCUCUGAUUCUCCAAAGAUAUCUUCACCCAAAUUAUUACCGAAACAGAAUCACCCUCUUAUUUUCAACAGACCAAAUUCAUCAUUAAGCUUCAGUACCUCGAGAUUAUGUCCAAUUUCUAAGAGAGGGUUACAUUCAGUUUGCUUCUUCGAUGCUCGAGAAAAAUCUAAUGGCAAUUUUGAUGGGCAGGAAGGUGGACUGGACUGGCCGAUACUUAAAAGAUGGGACGUGCCUUGGCAAUGGCAAACUGCUUCCUUAACCUCAUUCGCAUGUGGAUUAAGUUUUGUUUUGACAGGUUUAGCAGAGACUGCAGCUAUACCAUUGCUAGGAAUCAAAAUUGAAGAAUUAAGUUUAGAUGAGAAAGCGGAGUUGCUGUUCUUGGACCAGAGCAUUACAACUGCAGUGGUACUUGGAGUUAUUUAUGGCAUCACAAACACCUUUCAACCGCUUCCUGAAGAUAUGUUUCGCUAUGAUUUGAGGGAACCUUUCAAUCUACAGAAGGGGUGGCUUUUAUGGGCAGUGAUUGGUCUCGUGGGUGCUCUACUUGUUAUUGCAUUGACAGGAGUUGCAAUGUCUGCAUUUAGUGGUGAGACACCACAUAGAGAGACUGAUUCUCUUGUUCGGCUUCUUCCAUUAAUUGGAUCUUCAAGUAUCAGCACUGCUUGCUUGGUGGGCAUCACUGGUGUCCUCGCUCCAAUUCUGGAGGAGAAUGUUUUUCGAGGAUUUUUCAUGGUUUCUCUGACAAAGUGGGUGCCUAUGCCAAUUUCUGUCCUAAUUAGUGCUGCUGUAUUUGCAAUUGCACAUCUAACUCCUGGAGAGUUUCCCCAGCUGUUUGUGUUAGGGAUUAUUCUGGGAUUUUCUUAUGCUCAAACUCGCAAUCUUCUAACCCCAAUUACAAUUCAUGCUUUCUGGAACUCUGGAGUGAUUCUAAUUCUCACCUUCCUUCAGCUCCAAGGAUAUGAUAUCAAGGAAUUAUUGCAGGCAACCUGACAAUGACACAGUUCCUUUACCCAUCAAUAGGGGGACCUUGUGCAAUGAGUGCUUAUUUCUGGCAUAUAUACCAUAUAUUACCUUGCUCAAGUGGUUUAGAAAAAGAGAAUAGGUGCAGGAGGAUAAAUAUGUAAAGUUGAUUAGUCAGUCUUAGACGUAUGAUUAGGAGAACACAAGUUUUUUGGCAAGGUUUUGUCACUCAACUUUUGUGCCUUGAAAAAGCUUCAUUCUGUUAUCCAAUUCGUGCUCUUCUCAACAUGUCAAAGAAGUCACAGUUCAUAUAAUGGCCAGUGUCCUCUUAUAAAAGCUACAUAAUGUUGUGCCAAGAGUCUCAAGGGGAAGAUUGCAUAGCCAGGAUUUAUUGCAUGGAUAGGGAUUAUUGUUCUGCAAUGAACUCUUGCCUCUCUAGGCACCUUGUUUUAGUAUUCAACCUGAUGAGUGAGCUUAUUUAGAAGGCUAUAUGUUCAUUUUGGGGACAGGGUUUAAUGCGGAGAUUGGUGAUACAAAUGAAUAGUUUAUGGUAUUUGGAUAAUUUAUUAACGAGAAUAAUGGAGUUCAUUUCCGAUUGAUUGAGA